UUACCUACCGCCCUUACAGGUGUGCCUGUCUCUAGACUAACCCUUACCUACCACCCUUCCAGGUGUGGCUGUCUCUAGACUAACCCGUUCCUACCGCCCUUACAGGUGUGGCUGUCUCUAGACUAACCCGUUCCUACCACCCUUCCAGGUGUGUCUGUCUCUAGACUAACCCGUUCCUACCACCCUUACAGGUGUGGCUGUCUCUAGACUACGUGGCGAGCACGGCGUCCAUCUUUAACCUGUUCGUGCUGAACCUUGACCGCUACUGGAGCGUGACGGACCCGCUGAAGUACCUGCGGAAGCGCACCAAGCGGCGCGCAUCGGUACUGAUCUCCAUCGUGUGGUUCGCGUCUGCGCUCUGGAUCGUGCCCAUCGUGGGCUGGCACCUCUUCGCCUCGGGCGGCGUCAGGACCGUUCCCAGCAACCAGUGCGACACAGAGUUCCACAGCGAUUGGCUCUUCAAGGUGGUGACGUCACUGCCAAACUUCUACAUUCCCAUGGUGCUGAUGGUGUUCCUGUACGCACGGAUCUAUGACGAGGUUAGCAAGCGGCACAAAAACCUGACCGCGCACGUGGCCAGACCAAGCGGGACCGAAGAGGAUAUCAGGAUGAACUCCACCGGCGUGCGUCGCUCCUCCUCCUCCUCCUCUCCUCUGCAUCGCAUCAAGAUCGUCUUCAACGGGCCAACGGGCCUGGCCGAGUCCCCCGACCUCCUGCCGAAGUUUCCCGACGACAGGGAGAGGCUUCCGAAGUUUUCCGACGACAUGUCGAAGUUUGCCGACGACGGGGAGGUACUGCCGACGUUUCCCGACGAUAGGGAGAGAUACAGCCGGCGAUCUUCGAACCUGCUGACGGUGGACUGGACACCUUCCGACCCGUCCUUCCCUCCCACCGGAUCCCGCAGCAGAAGUCUUCCCUCUCCGUCUCGGGAGGAGCUCUACAUCUUACGUCACAGCUGGCCGGAGUCUAAGAUUGGGAACUCCUUGAGAAGAGACUCCGUCAGCAGCGGCGACUUUGAGGCGGACGCGGGGACCGACCAGCGCCGGAAGAGCCGGCGGGCCUCCAGCUGCACCCCCAGCGGGAAGAGUCUCGCCAUCCUCCGCAAACUCAAGUUCCACUCACGGAUCCACUCGGACCGAAAAGCCGCCAAGCAGCUUGGGAUGCUGAUCGGCUGUUUCCUGGUCUGCUGGCUGCCCUACUCCAUACUCUUCAUGGUGGUGUCCUUCUGCGAGAAGUGCAUUGACCCGAACGUGUUCAUGGGAACCAUCUGGCUAGGUUACGUCAACUCCACGCUCAACCCCUUCCUGUACCCGCUGUGCAACGGCAACUUCCGCCGGGCCUUCCGCAACAUGCUGCGGUGCCAGAGCCAGCACACGCCCGCCGGCAGCAGGGAGUGGGGGUACGCUCCCAACGGCAGGCUGCCGAGGACUGGGUCCGCCAUGGACCUGCCUGUAUGAUCAGACGGCAGGGAAUGGGAGGAGGGGGUACCCUCCCAAUGUCAGACUUCCGAGGACUGGGUGGCAAUUGACCUACCUGUAUGAGAUGUUGACUGCCCCAUUCCUGGAAUCUUUCAUGGAUAAGGCGGCAUAUCUACACGAACACUUACAGUAGACCCCCAAUUUUAAGACACACACCCCCCCCCCCAUUACCUGGAACUUUUAACAGACAACCUUCUGUACCAGCUCUACUGAUAAGUGCGACAGAAACAUCAAGAAGAUGAUUGAGGCCACCUCAAAGAAAAAGAAGAGUCAAGCAGCAGGGUCUGUGGGUGGGGGUGGGGGGUAGUACCGUCCUAACGACAGGUUACAGUGGAUUCCAUCGGCAGUAUCAGCCUCCACCAGGCAUUUGAACAGUGGGAAAAGGGUUGUAUAUAGAAUUUGGCAAUGAGCAAAGAGAGAAAUAAAUGGCCAGAAAAAUCAGUCCGCUACAAGGCUACAAGGUUACAGGGUUUCAAGGCUACAGUCUACACAACAAAAUCCUCCUUUCAGGAUUCGUUUCCAAAAAAGUUACACUACAAGGUGCUCCAAUGUCUACAGAGAACAGCCCUGGAAAUGGACAAGCCUAUGUGAGUCCGGCUACACUUCAAUGCCCGAUGAUGUCUACAGAAAACUGCGUCUACGUCAACCGUGUCUGGACUGUUGGUGUCUACACAGGAUUCCUUCAAGUCUAUACUUGUCCAUGUGAGAAAGAAAAAUACUAUGUUAUUGAAAAUAAUCACCUCACCUACGACUCAAUGACCAGAAACUACCAAAUCGAGCCACGACUGGCCAGAGUUCUUUCGAUGCCAGCCAUUCCCGUGUGAACUUUCAGCCUAUCACUUCCAAGGCAAAAGACCGGGAUUCUCGAUCAUAACACAGAAAUCAAUACACUUAAGUAAGGAUACUUAGUUACUUAGUUGCCACGAGAACGUAAAUGGAGAAGGGAACUGGUUGCAGCUGUAAAUGGGUAUGUUUCUAAAACGUGACAGCAUAUGGUGAUGAUAAGAAGGGUAUUGGAGGUAGGGUGAGAGUUCAGAGGUCUAAUGCUAUUGACGAGAAGUCUGGCAAAAUAUGACUGACACUACGGUUCAAAGGCCAUAUAUUCAUUUAUCUGUACAGAUCUCUACUGACCUCACGUGGAAAUAAAAAUGUUGUUUCCAACUGUCGGUGCUUUAGUAGGUUAUAGUGGUGAAAAAACAUAAGAAAAGUAAGCAUAUUCACCUAGACCUGUGACUAUUUAGCUAACCGGAAACGUUGUCAUUCAGAUAACAUGCUUUGGUUUGUAGAUUCCAAACAAAAGAAUCGGAAUUGAAGUCGAUAUAGUCUAAUAUACGUCACUGACGUGCUAUAAUUUAGAUACAACACUGACUGGUAUUUUCUAUAUGCCGGAAAUAAGAAGUAGUCUCUGGCCAUAGUGCAGUAAACUUGUACCUCAAAACUCAAGGAUUGAAUCUAAAUAGAUGAUACUUAAGUGUAAUAUAUGUUUACAUGUAUAUAAACCAUAGAUAUCUAUUGUUUAUUAAUAGUUAUUUUUGUAUCAGUAUGUACUACGUGGAAUUCAUUUCAACAAGGUGCUCACAGUAGGUCGUAAAGUUGAAUUGUCACGAAAGAAUCAGUGGAUGGUGCUCAUUGCGCAAAUGUAGGUUAAAGCAAGUAGAGUGUAUGUACACAUGGUAGACUUGAUGUGGGUGAGGGUUGUUGUGAAGUACGUUGUCAUGGCAAUCACUGAGACUAAUUAAGAAAACCAGGCUUAUAUCUGCCAACAGCUUAUAUUAAAAGCAUACCAAAUAUACGUUUUGUGCGUGUUAGGUUGUCAGUUCAUAACAGUUAUCCAUAUCUGUUAGUCACCCUGUUUGUUUUGUAAGAAACAGCUCGUUGA